UGUUUCGAUGACAGGGAAGGUGAAAAAAUGAGGUUUAUAAAAGGGUAUAUGAAAAAGAAAAAGAAAAAAAAAAAAAAGAUGAAUGACAGGGUGGGUGAAAAAGGUACUAUCCCGUAACCAUGGCUGUCAUUGAGUGACAACAACAAGCGACUGGAGGCGGCACUGGCAGCGUCUUGCGCCGCUCACACAGACUACGAUUAACUCACUCAAGGUCUCCUCUUCCCGGCACGCCCUCCCCUCGCUGCCUGCUACUGACUUUGGAAAGAUAUACAAUUAUUGACUUGCACAUGUAAACGAUGUCAGUUCAGCCCCCAACUCAUGAAGAAAUCCAAAUUGACGGUGAUGAAGUAGAAGAGGAAGAAGAGGACGAGGAAGAGGAAGAUGAAGCAGAAGAUGAGGAUUAUGAAGACAUUGAGGAAGUGACUCAUGGUAGGAGCCCCGGCAGGGGACUCACCCUCAAGACAUUGGUGAAGGAGGGAGUUUUACAACCUGGCGAGGGACACAUGACCAUCAAUUACCUGGGGAACAAGUUUAAGGGUGAUCUGCUGCCUGAUGGGAGAAUCAGAUCACAGGAGACAAACAAGAUCUUCGGCACCCCGAGCGCAUGGGCCAUUUACUGUAAGAAGAUUGUCAACCCAGACAAGAAGUCAGGUUGUGGCUGGGCAUCGGUGCGCUACAAAGGCAAAAAGUUGGACUCAUACAAGAACAACUGGUACCGCCAGAAGAGAAUUGAAUUUGAGAGAGAGGGAGAGGCUCUGGAUGAGGAGGAGAUGACUGACAGUGAUAGCGAUGGUCCCCAUGAGCAAGAGAUUGUGGAGUUUGAGAUGAUUGGCAACAGACACCCCAAUCAUGACAUGAACACAAUGGUGGAGCUCACUUCUUUUCAAGCUCUGGGUCGCAUGCAGCCUUUCAACGUCACCAUGUCCUCAUCGGCAAUGGCUAUGAUGGACAUUCAUGCCCACCUUUCCACCUCAGAGGUUGUGGGAUACUUGGCUGGCCAGUGGGAUGUCACCAAUCAUAACCUGAUAGUGUCACAUGCCCUGCCAGUACGUUGCCGCCUGGGGGAUGGGGAGAAGGGACGUGUAGUGGAACAAGCAAUCUUCUGUGAAAUGGAAAAGCUCAGUCUCUCCCUUGUGGGAUGGUACCACACCCACCCAUUCUCUCCUCCCCUUCCCUCCCUGAGAGACAUUGACACCCAGCUGGAGUAUGAACUGAAAAUGAAAGGCUCUAAUGAUGCAAGUUAUACACCAUGCAUUGGAAUCAUUGUUUCUCCCUAUGUGAAAGGUGGUGGUCAGGGCUCAACAGCAAGUGGUUUCUGGGUCAUGCCUCCCCCUGAACACAAGCCCCAGGAGUAUGGUCGGCCAAUGAGCAUCCAGUUCACCAUCAUUCAAGAUGCCUUCAUACCCAAGGAAACAUUGUACCAUCUACGAGAUACUGUCCGGUAUUAUAAAGACUCACCAGACUCAGUUGUCUUCUCUGAUAUCUUCCAAGACCGUUUCUCUUACUGGGACAAACUAAAGACUGCCAUUCGUUUGUGUGUGCCAAAGGACCACUAUGCACCACUAAUUGAUUAUUUAGCCAAACUCCUGGAAUUGAAAAAUUACACUCCAGAGCCUGUGGUGCCCUCAGGGAAGGUGAAGUCAUCAGUGCCUGGACCCAAGCACCCACACCAAGACACACCUGAAACCCUCACCCCAGCAGUGUUGUCUGCUCCAUUAUCCACUCCUACCUCUCUGCCCCUCAGAAGCAAAUUCUCUGACUUGGGAUUGAGACACCAUGGGGAUGGAGAUGCAGCCCCCAGACCUUCACCUCCUGUCAUUGACGUGUCACCUGAUGAACCUAAACCAGCGCCUGGCAUGAGCAGCCCAGCACCAUCCCAGGGCAUGGAGACACCAACAGGCAAGGGGGAGAGGAUUGGCCCUUCACACUUGGAGUUACAAAGACAUGACCUUUUCAAGAGUAAGGAAAUGCAGCAACAGGAGCAGAAGCCUCAGCCACCAGACUACCACCACAGCAGCAGAGGUUCUCCUCCACAGUACAAACAUAUAUAUCCAGAACACAAACAAGAUGUCACACCACAUCAACAAAACUUUCCUCAGGAACAGCAGCACCAGCACAAACAUCACCAACACCAACAAAAUCCCUUUCAUCAUCAACACCAACAGAAACAGCAUCAGCAAAGUCAACAUCCACACCAACAGACUCAACACCAGCAUCAACAGCAGGGCCAGCUCUUACAACAGCAGCAGAACCAACCCCACCAGCAGCAGCAGCAGCAACAACAGCAACAGCAACAACAGCAACAGCAACAACAGCAGCAACAACAGCAGCAGCAGCAGCAGCAGCAGCAACAGCAGCAGCAGCAGCAACAGCAGCAGCAGCAGCAGCAGCAGCAGCAGCAGCAGCAACAACAGCAACAACAACAACAACAACAACAACAACAACUACAACAACAACUUCAACAUCACCAGCCACAACAGCAGCAUCCACAGCAACAAGCACAGCAGCAGUACAGUGAUCCCCCCCAGUACCCGCAGACACCAGCUUUCCAUCAACACUUCCAGCAAGACUACCAGCAGCAGCAGCAGCAGCAAGUGGAAAGCAACCAGAGUGACCAGAAGCGGGAAGUGGAUGAAGAACUGCAAGAGGAUUACAGAGAGCCUCCACCCAGCUAUCACCAGCAUCAUUUUAAGAUACCAUCUGGCUACCAUCAUGAAGAGCAUCAGACUGCCCCGCCUCCAUAUCCAAGUGAGGAUGUUGCUCGGCCCAGGGAAGGCGGCCCUCACCUUUACCAGGAUCAAGUGGAUCCUUGGACUCAGGGGGGACUUCACCGCCUAAAUGAGCCUCCCUCAUUGCCACUUCUGCAAGGCAAUUCAAGAGAUCUGGAAGAGAUACAGCCCAUGGAUGUAGACUCCCAAUCAUAGCAUUAAUUAACAAAAUAUAUUUACUGCAUAUUUUUAUAUCUGAAAUGCAGUCAUCUCUGGAAAUCUUUUCAAAAGGCAGCUACGAGUGUUGGGUAGAACUGGUACUUAGGUGAGUUCACCAUAAUGUCAGGAAGCUGUUUGUCCUGUUGCUUCUGUGAAGCAAACAGAAUGAAUGGUACCAGCUACUCAUCAGAAUCCAGAUGUGUGCAAAACCAUUUAGGGGUCUAUCAUUGAUUGGCAGUCUCAUGAGGAGGCCGCAUUAGUUUAUGUACGUAAUUGAUAUUACUAGACUGUACUAUAAUAAAGAUAAUUCAAGCAAAA